GUGUUUACCGUUUUAAACUCAAAUAUAGCGACAAACAGUGGGAUGUUCAACUGCGUAAAUUAAUUUGAUAGAUUAUCAAACCCUAUGAAUACUUGCACUUUUAUGGGUUAGAAAUAUAAUAACUUCAGCUGCAGUUGAACAAAAGUAAUUACAAUUCAGCUGCAAUAACACGAACUUAAGUGGAAAGAGCAACGUCACAUUCAUUAUCAACAAUUGAGACAGAGAAGAGACUCAAUUUGAGCUUCCAUUUCAGUGAGACUUGUGCCACUGACAUUGAUUGUCAUGGGCGGACGUGUUCAUUUGUACACGCUCUUGGCAUUCGUCUAUAUUUUGACCUUGGCGAAAUGCGAUCUCGGAGCGGAGUUGGCGGCACGCAUUGCACCUGAAACAUCGCCCGAUGUACAGGAAGAAGCUGUGACACAGCUUAUUCAACGUGUGAUUGGAUCUCGAGCGUCGCAAUUGUUUCAGGUGGAAGUAAACAAGAUGCUGGAAGCAAAUAGCUACCAAAUCAGUCGAUUAGAUAAUGGAAAAGUGUUGAUUGCUGGAUCGAAUGGUGUCUCUGCAUGCAAGGGCUUCCAUUAUUAUUUGAAACAUGGGCUCAACAAGGAUUUUGAUUGGUUUAAGACUUAUAUUGAGCUACCUGAACACUGGGAGAUGCCAAAUGUGAUACACAAAUCAAAGUCCGGUAGUUCGCUCAUCUACUAUCAAAAUGUUUGCACUUGGAGCUAUAGCUUUGUGUGGUGGCAAUUUGAUGAGUGGCGCCGUCACAUCGAUUGGAUGGCAAUGAUGGGCAUUAAUCUUGUGAUAGCUCCCAAUCAGGAGGCCAUAUGGCAGAACGUAUACACAGAUCUCGGUCUCACUCAACAGGAAAUCGAUGCACACUUUGCCGGUCCGGCAUUCCAGGCCUGGCAACGCAUGGGUAAUAUUCGUGGCUGGGCUGGACCACUGCCACCCGCACACAGACAGCUGCAGCAACUGCUGCAACAGCGCAUUCUCAAGGCACAACGUGAAUUGGGCAUGAGCGUGGCUUUGCCAGCAUUCGCUGGACAUGUUCCGACUGCAAUGCAACGCAUCUUUCCCAAUGCGAGCUUUACGCCAGCCGAGCGAUGGAACAACUUUCCUGAUCCAUAUUGUUGUGACCUGUUUGUAGAACCGCACGAUCCACUCUUUCAGCAAGUUGGCGCAAUGUUUUUGCGCCGUGUCAUUCAAGUCUAUGGAUCCAAUCACAUAUACUUCAGCGACCCGUUUAACGAAAUGAUGCCACGUCUUAAAGAGCCCAACUAUAUUCGAUCAACAGCGAAAGCAAUUUACAACUCAAUGGAAGAGGUGGAUUCUGAUGCAGUUUGGCUGCUGCAGGGUUGGAUGUUCUUAAGAGCUUUCUUCUGGACAGAUAAUCUUAUUGAGGCCUUCCUGACCGCUGUACCAUCUGGUCGCAUCCUCGUGUUGGACCUACAAAGUGAACAAUUUCCACAAUACCAGCGUACUCACUCUUACUAUGGCCAGCCAUUUGUGUGGUGCAUGCUAAACAAUUUCGGUGGCACACUGGGCCUCUUUGGCUCCGCACAGGUGAUCAGUAGUAAGAUAAUAGCUGCACGCUCCAUGCCCAACAGCAGUUUGGUAGGCGUUGGAAUAACGCCUGAAGGCAUUGGGCAAAACUAUGCUAUGUUCGCCCUCACUCUCGAGCAGGGCUGGAGCGUAGAUGUGUUGCAGCUUGAGAGUUGGUUCCAGCACUUCGCUUUAACACGUUAUGCUGUUAAUGAUACACGUUUAUCGCAGGUGUGGCAAUUGCUACGUGAAAGCGUCUACUCCUUCCAUGGCCUACAACGCAUGCAUGGAAAAUAUUCGUUAAAUAAAAGGCCAAGUUUAAAUCUAAAUCCAUGGAUCUGGUACAAUGAAACAACGAUUUAUGAGGCCUGGGGCCUAAUGUUGGAGGCAAGGGAAAUUGUACCUCUAGAAGAUGACAGGCUUUCCAUCUAUGAGCACGAUCUGGUGGACAUAACUCGCCAGUUCCUGCAACAGAGCUUCGACCGCAUUUAUGUCAAUCUAAAGUCAGCUUAUCGCAAGGAGCAGCUUGGUCGUGUGGAAUAUUUAGCUGACAAGCUUUUGGAACUGUUCGAAGAUAUGGAGCGCAUACUGGCCAGUGGACAUAAUUAUUUAUUGGGCAACUGGCUGGAGGCCGCCAAGCAAUUGGCUCCCAGUGAGGAGCAUCGUCCCAUCUAUGAAUUUAAUGCACGAAAUCAGCUCACGGCUUGGGGACCGAACGGUCAGAUUCUUGACUAUGCGACAAAACAGUGGUCUGGCUUAAUGAGCGACUAUUACCAGCCUCGUUGGAAUAUGUUUCUGGAAGGUGUGAAACUGGCACUGCAAUCGAAAAAACCUUUUAAUGCCUCAGAAUUUAGACAGCGGGUUGCCAACGAAAUCGAGCUGCCAUUUAGCAACCUAACCAAAGUAUAUCCCACAUCUCCGGUGGGAAAUACAUGGAAUAUAUCAAAUGGCAUCCACGAAAAAUGGAAAUCUUAUUUAGCAGAUACACAAUUUCUGCACAAUUGCCGAAUCGCGGUAAAGCUAAUGCGUGGAAAUCAAUCAGCAGACGUGCAGUCAAAAUAAUACAUUUAAUAGCGAAAUGGUAAACAUUCAUACAUUUAUA